GAGUGGGCGUGGCUCGGCGGGGGCGCGCCGGCGGCGGGGGCGCGCUGCAUUCGGGCGCUGCGCUAUGGGGCCGUGCGCGCUGCUCGCCUUCGGCCUCCUCCUCCUCCUCCUCCUCGCCCUGCUCCUCUGGGGCUGCUCCCGCGGCCCCAACCCCUUCGCCGCUGACGCCCGGCGCCCGCCGGCCCCGCUGGUCACCGACAAGGCUGCCCGGAGGGCGGUGCUGAAGGCAGUUUUCUCGGCAGACAAAGUCCCCGCGGGGCUGGAUGCCAUCGUCAUCGGCAGCGGCAUCGGGGGCCUGGCGGCGGCCGUGCUGCUGGCCAAGGCCGGCCGGCGGGUGCUGGUGCUGGAGCAGCACGGCAAGCUGGGGGGCUGCUGCCACACCUUCAGCGAGAAAGGCUUCGAGUUCGACGCCGGGAUCCACUACGUGGGGCAGAUGCACGAGGGCAGCAUGACGCGCUUCAUCGUGGACCAGCUGACGGAGGGGCAGCUCGAGUGGGUGCCCAUGCCGGCCGCCUACGAUGCCGUGGUGCUGGGGGAGCCCAGGCGCAGCAGGGCGCACCGCGUCCUCGCAGGGGAUAAGGAAUACUUCAACGCCUUGAGGGAGCGCUUCCCCGGAGAAACAGCUGCCAUCGAUAAGUUCGAGCAGCUCACGAAGAGCGUCACCAGAGGGAUGAAUGCCAUCGGCGUCCUGAAGCUGCUGCCCCUGCCGCUGGCCCGGCUGCUGUGCCGCUCGGGGCUGCUGCCCUGGCUCAGCCCCUUCUGCCGGAUGGCUUCGCGCAGCCUCAAGGACGUGGUCGACGGCCUCACCGCCAACGCCGAGCUCCGCGCCAUCCUCAGCUACAUCUUCCCCACCUAUGGCGUGCUCCCCUCGAAGGCCAGCUUCUCCAUGCACAGCAUCCUGGUGAACCACUACCUCCGCGGCGCCUGGUACCCCAAAGGGGGGGCCGGGGAAAUCGCCUUUCACACCAUCCCCAUCAUCCAGAGGGCUGGGGGCAACGUGCUGGGCAGGGCGCCGGUGCAGAGCAUCCUGCUGGAUUCCCAGGGCAAAGCCUGCGGCGUGACCGUCAAGAAGGGGCAGGAACUGGUGAAGAUCUUCGCUCCCACCAUCAUUUCGGACGCUGGGUUAUUUAACACCUACGAACGGCUCCUGCCGGCGGAGGCGCGGGCUCUGCCUGCGAUCCAGGCCCAGCUUGGCAUGGUGAAGCACGGCGAGGCGGGUUUCAGCGUUUUCGUAGGUCUUACGGGCUCGAGCCAAGAGCUGGGGCUGGAAGCCACGAACUACUUCGUCUACCCAGGAAAUAACCUGGAUGAAAUAAUGAAGCGGUACCUGACUUCGUCCCGAGACGAGGCCACCAAGAGCAUCCCCUUCCUCUUUGUCACCUGCCCCUCGGCCAAGGACCCCACGUGGGAGAUGAGGCACCCAGGUAAAUCCACGCUGGCCAUCGUGACCUUUGCCAAAUACGAGUGGUUUGAGGAGUGGAAGGACGAGCCGGUCACCAAACGGGGAGAUGCUUACGAGGACCUGAAGAAGACCUUUGUGGACGCCGUCAUGGAGGUUGUCUUCAAACUCUACCCCAACAUUGAGGACAAGAUCGAGUACAUCUCUGGGGGGUCGCCCCUCACCAACCAGCACUACAUCGCCAGCCCCCGGGGGGAGAUCUACGGCAUCGACCACGGCACCGCCCGCAUGCAAGCCGAAGCCAUAGCCACCAUGCGGCCACAGACGGCUGUCCCCAACCUCUACCUGACAGGGCAGGACGUCUCCAUCUGUGGCUUUAUGGGAGCCCUGCACGGAGCCCUCUUCUGCGCCGGUGCCGUCCUCAACCGCAACCUCUACCUGGACGUGUUAAGGCUGAGGAAGCGCACGCGGGCCCCCACCAACAACUACAAGAAGAGAGAUUGAGGCCUGGCGUCCCACCAGUGCCCUCUUCCCCUCCCAGCCUGGCAAAUCACCCCUGCACCACGGCUCAGUGGUGGCUUUUGGCAUAGGUAGCGCAUCCUCCUCUCACGCAGCUCCCAAGGAUGGAAGGCCAGGAGGGAGCUGUUGCUGGCUUGCCUCGGGUCCCGUCCAGCUGGAGCACACCUCCUUCCACCACAACGCACACCACCACCCCAUCCCGGCUGCCCUUUUGAGGGCAAAUCCUUUUUUCCCAGCACUGGGGACACCAAGAGCUGACCCGGGCAGUGUUGGCCAGGGGCAAAGUUGCAGCACUCCCCAAAAAUGGGGUGCGCCAGGAGGCAGAGCCCAGCAGCUGCCACCAGCAGCACCCUGCACAAACCUGCCCAGGCAGCAUCAGGCCCGCUUGCUGUCAGUCCCUGGGUGGCUGAUGGCUGCAUCGAAGCGAGGGCAAUUCGCCCCAGGCCAGGCCAAGCCCCAUCGCUGCGUGUUAACGAAGGCACCUCGGGAAGGAGCCUGCUCUUGGCUCCAGCCCUCGUCCUGCAGCCUGGCAGCAGCAGCUUGCUGCCUGUGGAGUUCAGCGGGUCAGCAGCGCAGGCGUUGUUGCACGCCCAGGUGGAUUGAUUCAAGCUGGAUUUGUUACCGAGGAGCCACGGCACGCGGUGCUCCCCAGCCCUAUGGGGCAUCCCACGACGUGCCUUGCUGUGGUGGUGGCGCACGCUGCGAUCCCACAGCCCUCGGUCCGGUGAUGCUGCAGCCCUGGGUGCUGCUCAUCACCAGGCGUGUGAUGGUGCAAAUCCCCCCUCCUUUAGAAGUAGCAAAAAGCCCGGCCUGUCUGCGGGCCGGGAGAAGCUUGGGCACACGAUCAAAGCCCCCUCCUACCACCGCGGUGCUGGGAAGGGAAGCACGAGACCAAAUAAAAAAGCCUCGUGAUGUG